AUGGCGGCUGGGCCUGACCGGAGAAAGAGGCCCCUCCUUGGGGCUCUUGGCGCUCACCGCGGGCUACUCAGGGAGAAAUCAUCUGAGCAACCUACCUAUCCUGAGACCCGGCCUGGAGUGCUCCAAUCGACACCAAGGACCUUGAGUGGAGACCAGCUGACUGGCAAAGCGGACCGAAAGGUAUUCAUGCUGCAAGCUGACACGAUCCUGUGA